CGAAAUCACAUUGAUUAGCAAAAACAAGUGGCUAUGAAGACGGCCUGCAGAAGAUUGGAUCCGUGAAGUCGAUGAUUGACGGACUCCAAUUAGAAGUUCGUUCGUUCAUUCAUUCAACCUGCGUUCCUUUCUCUAUCAUUCUCUCAUGCUGUUUACAGCAUGCUGGGAUUAUCCUCAACUUGUCCAUUUGCGACCUUUGAAUCUUCCACACGCUUCAUAUUUUCUUCUUCUUUGCAGUGUGAUGAUCAUGUGUCAUUUAGACCAGCAAUAUCAGUUGGGAUAUUGAAUUCAAAAAGUAGGAAGAGGGUAUUAUCAACUUCUCAAACCAUAACAGCAAUCCUAAACGAAGAAGAUAACAAGGCAUGGGAAGCAUGCAGACAAGCUCUUUCUGUAUUUAAAUUGACAGUUGAAGAGGAAGACAGGAUAUUGGGGAAAGCAUUUGGUCAGAUUCGAUCGCCUUACUGGGGCGAAGAACGCGAACAGGAAGUCCCGCGGGUUGAAACAGUGGAAGAGAUAUUGAAUUAUUUGAAGAGCUUGGGUCUGACAGAUGAUGAUCUUUCCAAGUUGCUUAAGAAAUUCCCAGAAGUUCUUGGGUGUAACCUUGGGGAAGAGUUGAUGGCAAAUGUGCAAAUUCUAGGAGAUCAAUGGGGUAUAGAUGGAAAACAACUUAGAAAUCUCCUCCUACGUAAUCCUAAAGUUUUGGGAUAUAAUGUUGAUUGUAAAGGAGAUUGUAUAGCUAAAUGCACUCGGUGCUGGGUAAGGUUUUAAUUGGAAUUUGUAAUAUUUAUUCUUGUAAUAAAGUACAAAAGUAUGAAUCAUAAGCAAUGCAGCUUUUGUUACACUUAUUGGAUGAGUCUCUUAAGUUGCUCUA